AUGACCGAGAAGAGCCAGCUGCAAAAAUAUCUGAGCACAACUGAACAAAAGAAAAAUGCUAUAAUUGUUCAAAAAGAUGCAGAAAUGCGCAGCUUAACCAAUAAGCUUUCCCUCACCAGCAAGCUUUCCGUCCAACCGCGACAUACCAAAGAACCUCAAAAGCAUUUACCGGUUCUUGAAACUGAUUCCUCUUUGUUCACACAAAGAAGUGAGGAAGCAAUACAUAACAUCACACAAACGUACACUGAUCAGAAGAUUGAGCAAGUGGUCCAUGAAGUUAUACAAUUAUAUGCUCAUGCCGGGAAAAAUUCUGAAGGGGACAACAAAGAUGAUAAUGCAAAACAAAGACCACGAAGGCAAAAAAUGGAUGACAACUAUUACUACGGUUCAAUCACAAAGGAUGGUCGCAAAAAAGAACAAAUUGUCCUUGUCGAAAGUGACAAGCCACAAGCAGAAACCAAGAAACUUGAUGACAAGAUUCCUCCCCUAGGAAAAAAGGUAGAUAUUGUCCUUGCCUUGCUACCUGACGAAUGCCAAGAAACAAUCAGAAAAUUUUGGAAACUCGAGGAGGGAUGUAAACACAUAUGGGAUUGUGAAUUAGAUGACCUACGCAUAUAUCAAGAAGAUGUGAGGUUUCUGCUAUGUGAUCGAGAAUUAACAGGCCAGAUAACACAAUAAAAAAAGAAGCAACUCUCUUUCUGUAUUUUAAGAGAAGUUUAUAUGAGAUCUACGCUUUUGUAUGAGAACUGUGUUUUUUCUAUUAGAACUGUACGUGAUAAACAAAUAUUUUUUACAUUCUGAUACAGUCAAUAGAUGCCUACGUCCACUUGCUGACUACAAUACUACAACCACCAACAUCU